UUUUUAUUUGAUUCUCCAUAGGAUCUUUUGGAAAUACUUUAUGAGAUCCAUUUUUGUGAUCCAUCCUCAGGGUCUAUUUAUUCAAGUUUGAUAUUUGCAGAUUUUUUUAUUAUAUACUAAUAGUAUAGCUACUCGGUAAUAAAAUUUAAUGAUUCAAUGACAAGAGAAACUUUAAUAUUUAAUAAUUGAUUAAUACUUAGAUGUUAAAGUCUUUUUAAUAGCAACUUUUUUAUAUAAUUUUGCAUCAUAUUUUUUCGAUCUUCUUAACUUUUAGCUUUUGGCUCCGCCCCUGCUGACGGCCCACAAGACUCACACAAUGAUAAUUGAUAUGGAUGGAUGGUGCUACCAAUAAAUGUGAAAGUUCACAUUGUUGUACAACUUCCUGCAUCAUUCAUGGAGGGGCUGGUCCGUUGCUCGGUGAACUACGUACCUCUUACACCUAUAAGCUUCUUAGAGAGAUCUGCAGUGGUUUAUGGAGAUCAUCCUUCAAUCAUCUAUGGAGAUGUUAAGUAUACUUGGAGACAAACUCUUGAAAGGUGCACUAUGCUUGCUUCUGCUCUUUCCCAACUUGGCAUCUCUUGUGGAGAUGUUGUUGCAGCAUUGAUACCCAACAUUCCUGCAAUGUAUGAAUUACACUUUGCAAUUCCAAUGGGUGGUGCAAUUUUAUGCACCCUUAACAUACGCCAUGACUCAACAAUGUUAUCAGUACUUUUACAACAUUCAAAUGCAAAGCUCAUUUUUGUUGAUGAACAAUUCCUUCAAACAGUUCAGAAUGCCAUAAACAAACUACCCAACUCAACCAAACAUCCCCAAAUCAUUCUAGUCCUAGACAAAAAUAACAAUCAGCCCUUCACUACAACUACGUCCUACCCGAAACCUCUUACUGAAUACGAAACAUUUCUAAAAAGGGGAAAACUCGUAUAUGUGACGUAUAAGCCAAAAGAUGAGACCGAACCCAUUUCACUAAACUACACAUCAGGAACAACCUCGAGGCCAAAAGGUGUCGUAUAUAGCCAUCGAGGUGCAUACCUAAACUCGCUAGCUGCUGUGCUUCUAAACGAAAUGGGUCCCAUGCCGGUUUAUUUAUGGACUGUGCCUAUGUUUCAUUGUAAUGGGUGGUGCCUUACUUGGGGUGUUGCUGCUCAAGGUGGUACAAAUAUAUGUCUAAGGUAUGUGACAGGAAAAGGAAUAUUUAGGAAUAUUGUGCUACAUAAAGUGACUCAUAUGGGUGGUGCACCAACUAUUUUAAGUAUGAUUGUUAAUUGUUCUGAUGAUGAAAAGAAGGAUCUUCCUGGUAAAGUUGUGGUUAUGACUGGUGCUGCCCCACCUCCUCCUCAAGUGUUGUUCAAAAUGGAAAGUCUUGGCUUUUUUAUGGCUCAUGCUUAUGGUUUAACCGAAACCUAUGGUCCAGGUACAUAUUGUGCUUGGAAGCCAGAGUGGGAUGGCUUACCACCAAAAGAAAGGGCAAAGUUCAAGUCUCAACAAGGAGUGAACCACAUUGGUAUGGAGGAAGUGGACGUAAAAGACCCUGUCACCAUGAAAAGUGUACCUUCCGAUGGAACAACAAUAGGUGAGGUUAUGUUUAGAGGAAACACGGUCAUGAGUGGCUACCUUAACGAUUUGAAUGCAACCAAUGAAUCUUUUAAAGGGGGAUGGUUUCAUACCGGAGAUUUAGGAGUGAAAAAUUCUGAUGGUUAUAUACAAUUGAAAGAUCGUUCUAAAGAUAUAAUCAUUUCCGGAGGAGAAAAUAUAAGUACUAUUGAAAUAGAAUCUGUAUUGUUUAGUCAUCCAGAUGUCUUAGAUGCGGCUGUUGUCGGACGUCCUGAUGAUCAUUGGGGUGAGACUCCUUGUGCAUUUGUGAAGCUAAAGGAUGGGAAUGAUGGUGUUACUGUGGCUGAUAUCAUUGCGUUUUGUAGGGACCAAUUGCCUCAUUACAUGGCUCCUCGAACAGUCAUGUUCGGGGAUCUGCCUAAGACUUCAACUGGAAAGACUCAAAAAUUUGUUCUAAGAGAGAAAGCGAGAGCAAUGGGCAGCCUAAGCCCUGCAAACAAGAAAACUAGCAAACUUUAAUUAGAACAUUAAAGAUCACAAAUUUAAUUAUUAUAUAUGUGUUGUUUAAGCUAGCAUUAGAGAAUUGGGUACCGUCUCACUUGAAAAGCAAGUACCAAUUUCUUAGAUAAGGCCUUAAAUUUAAUCCCCUAUCCUCGGUCAACCUUGUAAUCAAAUAAGCUAGUAUUAAAUCGAAUAUCAAAUAUUAUUACAAUAUCAGGCGUCAAUACGUGAAUUAAUCACUCAAUGCUCAACAUUUAUGUGCUUUUUCUGUUUUCAAAUGUUUUUCCAUUUACUUUUUUUUUGUAGAUUCCGAUGUAAACUUUAAA